AGGGAUUGGCUGAGACGCUGGCAGGCGUGUGAGCCAAGCUCUCUUUCUCUCCCUUUCUCUUUCAGCAUCCUUCUGUGAUACUGUAGGUGAUAUGGAUACAGCAGCAUCCAUGGCCUGUUUUUCGCCUUAGCAUUCUUUUUCAUUUUGCUCUGGCGGAUGUACAAAUCAGGGAUCUAAAGCAUUUAUUUUAAGGACUUGCAUUAAGCAUCUGGUAACUGGAAUUGAAUUUUCCUGUAUUUUUUCAGGCUUCUUGGAAAUUGAGGAAUGCAAUUCUGCCACCAUGAUGGAAGGAUUGAAAAAACGUACAAGGAAGGCCUUUGGAAUACGGAAGAAGGAAAAGGACACUGAUUCCACAGGAUCACCAGACAGGGAUGGAAUUCUUCCCAGCCCUCAUCCUCAUGAACCACCCUUCAAUAACAAACCAGAAUGUGCACGUGAAGGAGGAAAAAAAAUUUCGAAGAAAAGUAAUGGAGCUCCAAAUGGAUUUUAUGCAGAGAUUGACUGGGAAAGAUAUAAUUCACCUGAGCUUGAUGAAGAGGGAUACAGCAUCAGACCAGAAGAACCAGGCUCUACCAAAGGAAAGCACUUUUAUUCCUCAAGCGAAUCAGAAGAAGAAGAAGAGUCACACAAGAAAUUUAACAUUAAGAUUAAGCCUUUGCAGGCUAAAGACAUUCUUAAGAGUGCAGCAACUGUAGAUGAAUUGAAAGCAUCAAUAGGCAACAUCGCACUUUCUCCAUCUCCAGUGAGGAAAAGUCCGAGGCGCAGCCCGGGUGCGAUUAAAAGGAAUUUAUCCAGUGAAGAGAUAGCAAGACCUAGGCGUUCAACACCAACUCCAGAACUUGUAAGCAAAAAAGCCCCAGAUGAUCCUUCAGCCCUCGCCCCACUGUUUGGCCCACCACUGGAGUCAGCAUUUGAGGAACAAAAGUUGGAAGCUCCUUUAGAUCAGACAGAGAUAUGGGGUUCUGUCCAGCCAGUGAAUUCCAGUCUAGAUUCUCCAAAGCUACCAAGACCUUUUCCAACUGGAACACCUCCACCACUUCCACCAAAAAACAUUCCAGCUACACCACCUAGGACUGGUUCUCCCUUAACAGUUGGAAUAGGAAGUGACCAGACAGCAACAGAGGUCAAAAGUGACAAACUACCAUCAAUCAAUGACUUGGACAGCAUUUUUGGUCCAGUAUUAUCCCCCAAGUCUAUUGCUGUUAAUGCAGAAGAUAAGUGGGUCAAUUUUUCUGAUCAGUCCCCGGAAAACGUAACAGCAGAGUUGACUUCAAGGGAAAAAGUGGUGUCCCCACCUGUGGCAUCAGAAAUCCCAGCUGAAUCUCCAGCUGUUGAAACCUCCCGCAAUGUUCCAUCACCUCUCAAUUUAGAAGAGGUUCAGAAGAAAAUUUCUGAGCAAACCCACGUUAAAGAUGAUAACUUAGAAUCAACAGCAACUCCUAAAGAUUUUGGGUUGGGACAAAGAGCUACACCACCUCCCCCUCCACCACCUACCUACAGAACAGUGGUGUCAUCACCUGGACCCAGCCCUAUCAGUGGCACAGGAAGCACCAGUGGUUCUUCAUCUCCGGCUCGUCCAGCGACUCCAUUGGCUGCCUGCAGCAGCACCACGCCACCGCCUCCUCCACCUCGGCCCCCAUCUCGGCCAAAACUGCCUCCAGGGAAGCCUGGAGUUGGCGAUGUGUCCAGGCCUUUUAGCCCUCCUAUUCACUCAUCCAGUCCUCCUCCGGUAGCACCUUUAGCCCGUGCUGAAAGUACUUCUUCCAUAUCAUCCACCAAUUCCUUGAGUGCAGCCACUACUCCCACAGUUGGCUCUUCUAGGGGACCCAGUCCUUUGACGAUGGGGGCACAGGAUACCCUCCCUGUAGCGGCAGCAUUCACAGAAACUGUUAAUGCAUACUUCAAAGGAGCGGAUCCUAACAAAUGUAUAGUGAAGAUAACUGGAGAAAUGGUGCUGUCAUUUCCUGCAGGAAUUACCAGACAUUUUGCCAAUAAUCCAGCCCCAUCUGUUCUAACCUUCCGCGUGAUAAAUUACAACAGGUUAGAACACGUCCUGCCAAAUCCCCAACUUCUCUGCUGUGACAGUACACAAACUGAUGCCAACACAAAGGAAUUCUGGGUAAACAUGCCAAAUCUGAUGACUCAUCUAAAAAAAGUGUCUGAACAGAAACCACAAGCAACGUAUUACAAUGUGGAUAUGCUCAAAUACCAGGUAUCUGCCCAGGGUAUUCAGUCUACUCCAUUAAACCUUGCAGUGAGCUGGCGGUGUGAAUCUACAAGCACUGAUCUUCGCAUUGACUACAAAUAUAAUACAGAGGCAAUGACUACACCAGUAGCUCUAAACAAUGUCCAGUUCCUAAUUCCCAUAGAUGGAGGAGUAACGAAACUUCAAGCUGUGCUUCCACCUGCUGUUUGGAAUGCUGAACAGCAAAGAAUAUUGUGGAAGAUUCCUGAUAUCUCGCAAAAAUCAGAAAAUGGAGGUGUGGGUUCUUUGCUGGCAAGAUUCCAGCUGUCUGAAGGACCAAGCAAACCUUCGCCAUUGGUAGUGCAGUUUACGAGUGAAGGGAGCACUCUCUCCAGCUGUGAUAUCGAACUUGUUGGAGCAGGAUACCGGUUUUCACUCAUUAAAAAGAGAUUUGCAGCAGGAAAAUACUUGGCUGAUAACUAACGGAAGCUUAUGCAAGUAUAUGGAAAAUCCAUAUAACCAAGGACUGCUGUGUGGAACGGGUUUGAAUUACGGUUUAAGGGAAAUGAACUAAAUCCUGCACUUGGGGCACUUCUGUUGGAAGUGUCAGCAACUUUCAGCAUUUUUUCCUGAGAAGACGCCGUCUUGACCAGUCCUACAGUAUUUACUUCUAGAUGUAACAUUGUUAAUGGUUUUAAAAUGUAAUUAUUGUAUUUGUAAAUUGUACUCAUUCCAGUAAGGCUGUAUUUUGGCAGUUAGACACUUGAGUUUUAGAAUUUUACCAUUCAUGAAAUGGAUGUAAUUUAAACUGUGGUAUACAAAUUUAAUAGUAGUACUGUUGAAUGGCACAAUGCUUACAGAGGUAGAUUACAUUUUGUCAAUAUAUAUAUACGAUUUAAAUACAAUACUGGUAGCUGUUAAAAAGGGGGUGCCUCAUGAAAAAAGAGAGUUAAGUAGAACCUGCAAACUGAUUUACUUUUUCUUCAGUCCUUAGUAUGUCUUAUAAUAGUGCUAAAUAAAAGGUCUAUCUUCAAUUGUUUAGCUGGUUUAACUCCAAAAGAAUAUUUUAAUAAAUGCUGAGGUUAUAACAUAUUUUCUCCUCUUCCCCCCAAAAACUCCAAUCAACCAAAAUACUAAAACCCAAUGUCCAUACUUCUUAAAAUACUUAUUUCAAACUUCAUAACAAAUAAUGCAACUUUUCCAAACACUGUCUUCUACUUUUAUGGACUCUUGUUUCUUCUCAAUAUUCUGACACUUCACAAAUGUGUAGAUUAUUAAAUAAGCAGGCAGUUUAAGACAUUCAGUGAUGACUCUGAGCCUACAGGAGUCUGUAUGUCCACAAAUAGUAAUUGUAUUAAAGAGCACAUUUUCAGCAACCGCCUCCACUUUUGCAAUGCUGUUUGUUGGGGAAUUUUGGAGCACUCUAUGUAAGAUGCUUCACAGACAUGUAAGAAAAGUUCCUUGUCUCAAUAAUUAAGAGCCUAAGCAAGCAAACAAACCCCCCACAAAGAUAACUGGAGAAAGAAUGCAAUAUAUCCCUACUAUGUAGCCCCGAUACAGCACUUUUUAUCCAUAGAUCAUAAAGUGCUUUAUACAAGUGAAGAAGGAUUUAGCUCUGUUUUACACAUGGAGAAAUUGAGGCACUGAAAACUUAAGUCCCGCCCAAGGUGACAGAGUUGAGUCAAUGGCAGAGUCAGAAAUAGAACCCAGGUCUCCUAACUCACUGUCUUUUAUCUUGUCAACUGGACGAUUUUGUGUUGUGCAAAGACUGAGUAGUUAAAAUGGCUAUAUUUCAAAUAUUUUGAACUGAGAGAGCUAACUCCUGUGUCUAUAAUAGACCAGACCAGUAGAACCAGUAAAAAAAAUUUAAAGUGCUCCCACUGUAUAUUUGUCACAUGACUUGUCAGGUCUGUGGUUUUAUUUAUUUUAUAUAUUUAUUUAUUUAUUUUGGUAAUCUAGCAUUUUUUUACACUGAGCUGUAAUGUGAGCUAAAUUAAAAUUAUUAUAAAGGGAAACAUGAAAAUGGGGUUAACAGUUAGUUUGGCAGCUAACUGUCCAUUGUCUAUUUUGCAUGCACAAUGUACACACUUGUACAUGCAAAUCUUAUACCCAGUUUUCUCAUUUGCAUAAGAAAAUAGCUGUACUUGGGGAAAAUAGUUGUAUGCAUAAAAGUGCGUGUUUAAAAUUGGAGUAUGUGGCUGACAUUUUUGCCCUAUAUGUUUCUUCUGAGAUUGGCAUAGUCAAUUUCAAUUCCACUAUACUACUUUGUGCUUGUGGAACUGAGUUUCAUGCAUGUAAGGAGAGCAGAAUGUCAAUCAAGAUUUUGUGUGGUUCUAAGAGGACAAAUUUUUCUUUUGGAUAGGAAACUAUUUAUUUUAAAGAAAACUUCAUGAAACUGCAGAUUUAACAAUGUGCAGCCUAAUAGGUGAGCCAGUCUUCAGUAGAAAAAGGACGUUAUGUUUGUCUUCACAGUUCUUUUGAGUUCUGUCAUCCUGGAGUGUGAUAGAAUAUUAAUUCACAAAUCUUCAUCUGCUGUGAUAAACCAGGUGUCUACAUCUUGCUUUUAUACUUGAAAAGUCACUGAGUGAGGAACAUGUUUCAUCUUGGAUGAACUGCAAAAUUAAAGGUGGGCCCUUG